AUGCCGACCGAGGAUAGCCGCAAUACCCAGCCGGAGCUAACCCACCUUCAUCCGGAGCUAACCCAGUCACGACUCCUUUGCAUUCCCCCACCGAAGGACCGGCCCCAUGAACCAGUCAGGAUCUACCAAGAUUGCAGGGAUCGCAUCUCGGACCGUCAACCAAGACCAAUCCCUAUCCCUGUCAACCUCGAAGACCCACGGGUAACACACCUGGGCCCUUCCUCAGGCCCUGUCCACGUACCCGACGAGAAAGGUGUCGGGGACUCGGAUAGUUGGGAAUUCUAUAAUUCGGAGGCCUGGCCAACUUACCACACCGAGGCGCUGGAAGAUUGGGAACAUUCCCCAGCCCCUGUCUGCCCCGUCCCCAGACCUUUGGCACCCUUAACUCUUCCUCAUGCCAACCCGGCCAUGAGGCUUCUCUUUGAAAAGGUCCGGCGUCUGGAGAGCGAACAACAUCGCAGCCAUCAACCCCUCUGGGCAAAACCACGACCGGGGCCCUUUACUGAACGUAUCCUCCACUACCACCAGGAGAAAGAUAUCCAGCCGCUCCGCAUCGCUUUCUACACUAGCACGGAGGACCCUCUCACCCAUAUUCACUCCUUCCAGUCUGCCCUUGGGUGCAAAGGCCUCACUGAUGAAGGCAUGUGCCUCCUCUUCCCUUCCACCCUCAGCGGCGCGGCCCUGAAUUGGUUUUAUAGACUCCACCCCCGCACCAUCAACUCAUUCGAUAGUCUCAAGCAGACGUUCCUAGAUCAUUUUAUGAUCCAGACUGAUCGCCUAUACUCUGCCAACGCCUUGUAUAUGCUCCGGCAAGCUGAGGACGAACCCCUUCGGGAAUAUGCAGCCCGGUUCAGUCACGAAUACUCCCGCUUCCCGGAUACUGACGAUCGCGCUGUCUUCGGUGCUUUUAAGAGCGGCCUCCGUGAGUCCAACUUCCGCUACCUGGUUCAUAGCAACAGUUGGAACACAUAUACAGAGCUAAUGAAACAGGCCGCGAUCCAUGCUAAGGCUGAAUACUUCAAUUCCAAGCGUGGCCCAGCCAACCUGGCGCGCAACACUUUCCCCGAUCCUCUACCUGCUUCAGCACCAGCUUCAGCCCCACCUCAGCAUUUUACCCCCGCCCCGAGUACCCAGGGUAACCAACAACCAAAACGGAAGGAUAGCUACCAGCAUCCCUUCAGCAAUAACAAACGUGGCAGACAUGGCAACCACCACCACUCUAGCGGAGGCAACCCUCCCAAGACUGGUGAUCGGGCCCCACUUCCCUUCACACCCAGGCCCAGCGGCCAUGACACCGAAUCUUGUGUUGCGUUGCGCAACAUAAUUGAAGGGCUCAUCCGUGAGGGAAAGCUGGACAACUAUGUGCACAACCUACCACCCCCGCCUAACCCUCACCAACGACAGAUCAACAUGAUCUCCACCAUCAGCGGUGGUCCUACCCUGGCUGGCACCUCCAACAACUCCAUCAAACAUUAUGUCCGUUCCACCUAUGCGCACCAGGUCUUCAGCACCAAGCAGGGACGCUUGCCAAAGUCCCAAAAGUCGGGCUGGGCCCCCAUUACCUUCUGCGAGGAGGAGGAGCGUGGUGUUAUCCUCCCCCAUGAUGAUCCACUCAUUAUUCGUGCUGACAUUUCUAACUUCGACGUUGGGCGUAUCUUGGUGGACACUGGCAGCUCGGUCAGUGUGAUGUUUGCUGACGCCUUCAAUGAGCUCCAGGUCCCGUCUCACCUACUCAACCGAAGCAUCACACCCCUUGUGAGCUUCUCGGGUGAUGUGGUCCAGCCCAUUGACAGCAUUCAUCUCCCGAUAUCAAUUGGGGCCGCACCCGAGUGGGUGACGAUCACUACCCCCUUCCUUAUCGUUGAUUGUCCCACAGCCUACAACGUCAUCCUCGGCCGCCCGGCUUGGCCCAAAUGA